AUGAUGUGGGCAAUGGGUGGGUUGGACGUUGAGGGCAGGUACCGCAACGAUGCGUUUGUGGUGGACGCCAAGCGCAUCUCCUGGUUCAGCCUGGCCGGCAUCAUGAAGGGGGCGCCCCCCAAGCCGCGCGCCUACCACAGCGCGACCCUGGUGGGCCAGCGCAUCAUCAUCAUUGGCGGCCUGGGCGCUCGCGUGUGGUCCUGCAAGGAGGUGUACUCGGUGCAGGUGGGCAGCUGGAAGUGGACGGAGCACACGAGCGAGGUGGAGGGCGACGCGCCGCAGCCGCGUUCCGGCCACACGGCUGUGGCGCUGCCAGACGGGCGCCACCUGGCGCUGUUCGGGGGCGGCGACGCCGACAAGGACCUGUUCUACAGCAGCGUCUCCGUCCUGGACACCGCCACCUGGCGCUGGUCCACCCCCAAGAUCCAGGGGGUGGCGCGGCCAAGCGGCAGGGGCGGCCACGCGAGCGCGCUGCUGCGGCUUCCCAGCGGGCGGAGCGCUCUCGUAGUGCAUGGCGGUCGCACCUCAGGGGACAAGCUGCUCAAAGACACCUGGAUGCUGGAGCUGCAGUAG